AUGGAGAACCACGAGAAAUUCCUACAUGGUCGGUUGGAUCCCGGCAUUGAAUCGACUGUACAAUUGGUCGAGGGCGUCGAGAGUCCGGACACGAGCACUUUCUCAUCUUCACAGGAUGCUCCCUCUCCCAUCUUAUCUUACGCCAAAAAUGCGGUAUUUCCGGGUAUCAGAUCUUCCAAUGAAACUCGGCUCAAGUUAGCCCAUCUUCCGGUUGAACUUAUUCGCCAGAUUUCUUCUUAUCUUUCGCCAUGCGAUUUGAUAAAGUUUGGCAAAACAUGCAAAACGUUAUCUGAAGUAGCCAAAACCGAUUUCCUUUGGCGACGCCUCGUACAAGAGAACGUUCCCGGUAUUAACCUUGAUUCUCCUUCUCCGUGCGAGUCUUUUAAAGAACUUUACAAAGCUCAUGAUCCUCACUGGUUCCUUACGAAGAACAAGAUAUGGUUCGCCGAUGUUCCCAAUUUCGGGCAGUUAAUAAUUUCAAAAUACCACCCUGAGACUGGUUCAAUCCGAUUACACAGACUUAUGGCACAAAGGUCACCACCCCAAUUUGCUGCGUGGGAAGACGAUAGCCAGGUCAUCGUUCAUUCCUUUGACCCCGUGGUACAUUUGUCUAAGCACAACCUGCGAUUGGAUCUCGAUGCAUAUUCUCACCGAUCCCUAUCGGAUAUGGGUGAAGCUGAACGCAGGCUCAAUGGCGAGGUACAGAUGACUCGGGAAGACGAAGGCUUUGAUUCCCGUGCCUAUUCGAAAUUCAUGCUGGCAAAAACUUUCGUGUUUGAAAACCCUCCUAGCUUACCGCAGGCGGAUAAAUGGCCACCUCCAAAUAUACCAGCAAAGUCUCGGGUACCUCGUACCAGCGUCUGUGCCCAGCAGUCCUCAUCUAGUAGUUGUUGUCGACUCGGAGAUCGUUCUCAAAUCGAUGAGGAAUCGUUUCGAACUCGACAAUGGUUAGAGAUGAAUGGUCUGGUACGGAUUGGAGAACAGGUCUGUACGUGGUCAACCCUUGACUUCAGUUUAUACACACCGACGGAGGAUAAACCUUACAGUGGAAUUUUUGUUGGGGAUUACUCGGGUCAUGGCGCCGAAUUUUUAUUAAUAGAUCAUCGAGAUGGAUCUCGGAGACACGAGGAGUCAAACAUUUCAGACCGGAAAGAAGACGAAUCGCUUGAAGCAUGGGAAGCAAGAAAAAAGCAUGCACGAAUUUACAAAGGUUCUCUAGUCGCCACUAAAUUGACUGGAGAUCCAAAUAUACCUCGAGGUGAGGUUUCGUGGGUGGCUGAUGACAUUGGUGAAAAAGGAUUGGUUCGUUAUGGGGAUCAAGCCUGGCCUGGUGCAAGAAUUGUGAAGAGUCGUGGUCAGAUUGCUAAUGAAGGAUAUAUAUACCCAAAAUUUAUUCAAACGCAACUCAUAAUGAUAUCCCACGAUGUAUUGGCACAAUACUGGGUGCCUUUUGGGCAUAUUUCUUUCUUUCGUCGGGUCGACAUUGACGCUUUGGUCAAACUUGAACCGGGAAUGCUGGCAUCCGGAAUGAUGUCACCACUAUAUUCGACAUAA